AUGACAUCAUCAGGAUUUGUAUCGGUCUUAGAUUCAGGAUCUCGUGAAGAUUGUCACAUUCAACGAGAUCGGUUAACUCGAAGACGGAGUCCUGGACCUCAAUCUCGUCCUGUCUCUAUAGAGGAUGUGGAUAUUGUUUAUCGUUUACCACAACCAUAUCGGACAAGUUUUUCUGCGACGCUGAAAUUAGAGCGUGGUAAGCGUAGUGAUAGAAGCCAGUCGUUAAGCCCGGCAACGAGUAUGUUGAGCACUCGUAGUGAUUAUACAAUACAAAGUACAAAAAGCAGCAAAAGUCAUAAAAAAGGUGGACGCCAUAGAUCUAAGAGUCCAAAACAUGUGACCUAUGAUAAUACAGUGUUGAUUCGUCAGUCUGGUAAAUCAGGAAGUACAUUGACUGGAUUAUCCAGCCCUGAAACUAUUUCUAGUCCAAACCCAUUCUUGUCAGACAAGCGCCAUUAUUUGAACAAUUUAUCUAAUCAUGAUGAAUAUGAAAAGGAUUAUAGCACCCAGUUACGUGAAAUUUCACAGCAGAUACGGGCGUGGUCUCCCCCGAGUAGUGGUAAAACUAGUCCCAAUAGUAUUUUAAAGGAACAUAUAAACUCUGAAAGUCAUCUCAAUAAUGUUCGACCAAACCUUUCUAGUCCUUCCAGAUCUCCAGUUCGUCCCUCCGAUGAAAAACACACAAAUAAGGAAAAUGUUCCGAAAUCUUACGGAAAUACAUCACCCAAGACGCGUCUAAAUAUAUCCCGAGAAUAUGUCCAUGAUCGUACAAUAAGUUAUCGUAAAGCCAUCACCGAUAGUUUUUCUGAUGAUUUUGGACCUUCUGAAGAUAGUGGAAUCGAUACCAAGUCUCCUGAAAUACGUAAAGACAGAUCUAACACAGGAACAGACCAAUCAGGAUCGGACACACCAAGUCCCAGCAGUUUAACGCCACAUAAACGUGGAAACAGCAUUAGUAAUUUCUUUAAAAGAAUUUCACCACAUGUGAACAGACGGAAGAGCCGAGAAAAGCACAAGUCUGGAAGCGGCAGCGCUCAGAGUCUGUCCAACACAAGUGAUGGAGGGUCAUUUGACACAGAUAAUGAUUCUGGUAAUGAAAAACGCAUGUCUCGCAGCAGAGUUCGUCAUUCAUUGCUUCGAUUAAUGGGAAGGUCAAAGUCCAAAAACAAAAAGGGAUCACGAGAAGUCAGCAAAGAUGACACUAAUAGAAAUCGUGACAUGACGGAUAGCGGAACAGAAACACAUGUUCUCAACAACAAACAGCAGUUUCCAGCCAGCACCAACAGAAUUCUCAAGUCAAUCGAAAGAAACACACUUUCAGAUAAAGAUAUUCAUCAUAAAUUAAAAGAAAAUCAUCGUCAUAGCGACAUAACUGGCCAGAAACCUGUUAAAACAUCCCCGGAUACGACAUCAUCGUCCAAUGAAAUGUCUCAUUAUUUAAAUGAAUCGUACAGUAGUCAGGAUCAUGGAGUCAACUUGGAUACGUCUGCUCAGUCGUCUGAUUUUAAAACGGAACCACCCCGUUCGUUAGAUGUCUUACCACCCCGCUCCAUCAAAGUCCUCCAAUCGUCUGUGAGAUGUGGGUCAGCUGAUGAUUCGAUUGGUGAUUGUUCUCUUGACGUCAACAUGACAAAGCAACGUUUAAUGGAACAGACCAAUUCAGAACAAGUUCAUCUCAACUCCUCGCAAUGGAGAUGCAUCAUAUACAUUGUAUUACAUUAA